CAAGAAUCAAGUAUUUCUCCAUGACCAACCUUGCCAGUUUCUGGACCAUGAGGCACGGGUAUUUAAGACUGCUCCCAGUGCUGUGCACGGUGUUGAGUCUGUGUGGAGCUGCAGCCCAGAAGGCAGGAGACUGUGCCAGGUGGUGUCCUCCGAACUCCAAGUGUCUCAGUGCCGACACCUGCCGCUGUGAUGCGGGAUUCAGUUCAGUCGAGGAGCUCAUCACCAGCCCUGACGGCAGCUGUGACGACAUCAACGAGUGUGCACCACCUCUGAGGACGUACUGUGGGAAGUUUGCAGACUGCGAGAACACGGAAGGGAGCUAUUACUGUGUGUGCAGCCCAGGAUAUGCACUCGAGUCUGGGGACAAAAUAUUCAGCAACGAGAGUGAGAACACGUGUCAAGACGUGAACGAAUGCACCUCCGGCCACCACAGCUGCCACAGCUCCGCCCAUUGCCUCAACAAAGCCGGAGGGUACCAGUGCCGCUGCCGACGCGGCUGGAGGCCGAUUCAGGGAUCCCCAGAAGGCCCAAGGCACACCCAGUGUGAAGACGUGGACGAGUGCCGCUCCGGACAGCACCAGUGCCACAGCUCCGCCGACUGCGUCAACACCGUGGGGUCCUACAGGUGCCGCUGCCCCCCGGGCUGGCGGCCGCUGCCGGGGAGGACCGCGUGCGCAGAGGUCGUCUUCCCCGCCUGGACGGCGCCCCCCGGAGUCCACAGCCCGGCUCUGGCCGCCUUCUUGGAGGAGAUGCAGAAUCUGACCAGAGACUUCCAGCCACACACAGCCCGGGACACAGCGGACGCCAUCCGGAGUGUCCUGGAGAGUCUGGAUGAGCUGCUGGAGACCCCUGGGGACCUGCAGACCCUGCCUCGCUCACAGCAGCACUGUGUGGCCACUCAGCUGCUCCUGGACCUGGAAAACACACUGAGAGUCCUGGGCCAGACCCUGCCGGAGGGGUCACUCACCUUCCUCCGUCCUGCAGACACAGAAGUGACGCUGGAGUUGCAGGUUCCAGGCGACAGGCAAGUCACCUUGAGUCAGAAUCAGACAAAGAUGCAGCUGACCUGGGACCUGGCCCAGAAACCCGGUCACCCAGGCCCCGCCAUGGUGGGCCUCAUCUCCAUUCCCAAGAUGGGCAAGCUGCUGGCUGAGGCUCCGCUGGUCCUGGAGCCAGCACAGGAGGCAACUCCUGAGACAAACUGGGGCCCACACCUGACACCAGUCCUGCUCUCCGACGUCAUCACAGCCUUCCUGAGCCACCGGGACACGCAGAACCUCAGCUCCCCGGUGACCUUCACCUUCUCCCACCGUCCGGUGAGCGCUGGGCCGCGGCGUGGGGUGCUCUGUGUGUCGUGGCUUGGUGGCCGGGGUGAGUGUGGACACUGGGUCACCACGGGCUGCGAGACGGUGGACACCGGAGACUCCAGCACCACCUGCAGCUGCUCCCACCUGAGCAGCUUUGCCGUGCUCAUGGCCCACGAUGGCAGGCAGGAGGCCGACCCCGCCCUGGCCCUCAUCACCCAAGUGGGGCUCGGCCUCUCCCUGCUCUGCCUCCUCCUGGCGGCCCUCACCUUCCUCCUGUGCAGGGCCAUCCGCAACCUCAGCACCACCCUGCACCUGCAGCUCUCCAUCUGCCUCUUCCUCGCCCACCUCCUCUUCCUCACCGCCAUCCACCGCACCGAGCCCAAGGUGCUCUGCGCCGUCAUCGCCGGCGCCCUGCACUACCUCUACCUGGCCGCCUUCACCUGGAUGCUGCUGGAGGGGCUGCACCUGCUCCUCGCCGCCCGCAACCUGACGGUGCUGCACUCCUCCGCCAGGAGCAGAGGCUUCCGAGCGCUCAUGUUCCCCGUGGGCUACGGGCUCCCCGCUGUCACGGUGGCCGUGGCCGCGGCGGCCCGGCCUCGGCUCUACGGCACGCCUGCCCGCUGCUGGCUGAACACAGAGAAGGGCUUCGUGUGGGCUUUCCUCGGCCCAGUCUGCACCAUCAUCUCUAUCAACAUGGUGUGCUUUCUGCUGACCGUGUGGGUGGUGAAGAGCAGGCUCUCCACCCUCAGCCGGGACGUGUCCACCCUCCGGGACACCAGGAUGCUGGCAUUUAAAGGAGUCGCCCAGCUCUUUAUCCUGGGCUGCACGUGGAUCCUGGGCGUCCUGCAGGUGGGCGCGGCGGCGCGGGUCCUGGCGUACCUGUUCACCAUCGCCAACAGCCUGCAGGGCGUCUUCCUCUUCCUGGUCUACUGCCUGCUCAGCCAGCAGGUGCGGGAUCAAUACCGCAGAUGGUUCCGAAGGACCGGGAAGUCGGCAGAGGAACCCGUGUCCUACACCCUGUCCAGCCAGGCGGCGCCCGAGGCCGCCCGGCCCGCCCAGGCUAACUAGAAAGAUCUUACAACCUGUCUCCUGGAAAAUCUGAGUGGCAGUUCUUGGAGCCAUUAAGAGGGAAAAUGAAGACUUCGUGAUGUUUCAAGAAAUCCAUCCUGAAAAGCUAGGCAGCAUCGGCUCACACCUGUAAUCCCAGCUACUCAGGAGGCUGAGAUCUGAGGAUUGC